AUGGCUCAUGGAAUGAUUUUAUGUACACUGCUUUUCACAGCCACAUGGUCACUUGCUCUUGCAUACUCCAACAACACUCUUCAAAUUUACAACUCCGACUCACUUAGCAAUGUCUCCGCCUCCGAUAGUUGCAUCUCCGCACUCAAAGAGAAUGUGACUUGUUAUGUUGAUCUCGGUGAUGCUGUAACUCGCACCACUACAUGGUCUUCCAAUGCACUGGAUUUGAUGUGUGUCGACAGUUGCAAGAAAUCCCUGGAUGACUAUGUCUCGAACGUCGAUGUAUCAUGCGGUACCACAAGCACAUACAACAUAUCGGGCACAGAACAAGCGGCCAGUCUUGCUGGGCAGAAGAUGCAAUGGAAGCAGAGUACUACUUGUCUGGAAGAUCCUUCGACCGGAGACUAUUGCAACCUUGUCCUGCAACGUGCCGCAAGCAAUGGCUCAAAGAACUUGGCCUGUGCAGACUGUAAUCUCAAGUACCUGACGGCCCUCGCCAACUCACAAUGGGGUCAAAAGAUGAUAUCGCCUUCGAUGGUACAGAGUCGAAUCUCGAAGUGCUCAGCCAGUGCAAGUUACACCAUUACACCGACAUCAUCUUCGGCGACAGUGACUACUUCAGGAACAUCAACUACGGCGCCAACUUCGAACGCUCGCUGCAAUGUGACCGAUCCGGACACUCGCACAUACCGAGUUCAGCAGAACCAAACAUGUGUGGAUAUCUCCGGUCUGAACAACGUGUCGACCCCAGCUCUGCAGAAUAUGAAUGCACUGGGCGCCUCUUGUGGCUAUCUGCAGGUGAAUCAGACCCUGUGUCUGCCAUCUGAGUGUGCUACCCUGAGGGUUGGAGGGAAUGAUACUUGCUCUUCGAUUCUUGCCUCUCUGGAUCACAAGAUUUCGACCGUUACAUUCCGGUCUUGGAAUCCUAACCUCAACUUUGACUGUUCUAAUAUUGGACCCUUCGUCGGGAAGGAUCUGUGUGUGAGCCCUCCCGGUUCUCUUUCUAUCCCCGAUUCUUUCCCAUUGGCACCCGCAACCACCAAGGCUCUUGUUCCGACCGACGCUGUUACCAGCUCUAACACCAAAUGUGGGCAUUGGUAUAAGAUCCAGAGCGAUGACCAUUGUGAUGAUGUGGAGGAGAAGUUCGAUCUAUCGGCAAAAGACUUCUACUUUCUUAACCCACAGCUGAACAAUACAUGCGAGCAAUUGUGGGUGAACAACAGCUACUGUGUUCAACCAGUUGGAAACCUCGCCUCCUACUCCGGAUAUAACAAAAAGCAUUAUACAACUCUUAAAAACACCAUCAAUCUCAGUGCUACUCAGACUGCGAACCGGACAACUAGUCAUUUCUUUUACUCUUACCCGCCAAUGACAACCACAACAGCAAGUUACAAUGCCACAUUUGAUGAGCUUAGGGCGAACUAUACUCUCUGUACCAGCGCCCUGAGUUAUUAUAAUGUCACUGGGAGCGAUGUGGGCGACUCAAAUGACCCGGAUUGGACGUCCGAGUAUCAGCGCGUAUGCCUCCUGAAUCCCAAUUCGGCGAUUCCGACGGUCCCUUUCAAUACGAGCAUUCCCUUGACCACUGCGAAAUCGACAUCGGGCACAAAGUCUUCCGGGUCGCCUAGCUCCGCUGGAAAGGCUACUGCAGGGGCAACAUCCACUGCUCCACAGGCGCCCCAAAAGACGACCACCUAG